AUGAGUUGGGGAGCUCCUCCAGUCAUCGACCCAGUAGGACGGGUGUUUCCUAACAACACGGUGACAACAUCAGUCCUCUCAUUCAUCCUUCCUGUGACAUCAUCACAAAGCAACAUGACCUUUAACCUCUCUAACCCCGCCCCCGGAGACUGGUACCUGGCGGCUCACCUGCCCCAAGACGAUGGACGCAUCGAACACAAGGUGAGGAGUUUGUGUGUGUGUGUGUGUGUGUGUGUGUGUGUUUAUAAUGUGUGUGUAUUGUGUGUAGGGCUUCCCGUCCUGCUCCUACUACUUCCAGCCCCAGCUGUCAGUCAGGAGAGCAGUGGACACACCCAUCCUGCAGGCCACGCCCCUAACCCAGACCGCCUCCCCCGACAGACCAGCACUACUCAAGUAA